AUGAUUCAUGGUCAGUUAGGCCCGGCUGCUGCCGCUCCCUUCUCAGAGCAGAUCCUACUAGCCUUCAAUGGGCAAGUUGAUAUCCGGGCAGCGUAUACAUGGAGCCGCGAUAUGAUCAUUAAUUUCCUUUGCUCUGUUGUCGUGUCGCCCGUGCAUUUUGGCGCUCCUGUUGCAGAUGGGGCUAAAUUGGCAGAUAUAUGCCGGGAGAUCAGGGAACUCAGUGCACCCGUUGGGACAGAAUAUCGGUCACCAGACGCGAGAUUGAACCCGCCUCAUCAUAUUCUGCGGAAGUUCAACCCUAGAUGGAACAGCCAGCAUUGUCGGGGAAUCUCUAAGUUCAAGCUUAGAAAGCACAAACAUGAUCGUAUCCCUUACUGGAGCCCGACAGAUUUGCUCGGCUUGUUCAUUUCGACACCUGGCAUUGCUCCGCAAGGAGCAACGAAGCGUAACUUCUACCUGCCUCUAACAGCAAUGUAUGGCCAGUGGUGUAAUCAGCUUCUCGACACUAUACAUAAGCCGGCUAUGUACAGCUGCCUCUGGGUACCGGGCGCGGAUAAAUUCUUUCUCGGUGCUUCGCUUGGUGGAUGCGUUCUCAAGGAUAACCUUGUUGGGUCUUGGCCCUUGCCUGUUAAGCGAGGAAGAUACUGGCUUGUGGGGGGUGAUCCUGUCACGCUGUCUGGAUGGUCCUUCAACAAGAAGCCCGAAAUAUACCAAACCAUCGGCAAUUGCGCGGAGACAUACCCCAUAGUUCAUCUUUUGCGUAACGGGCUUGAUGUGAACAAUCAAAAUGUUCACGGCCUAGCUCUACGCAAGAAAGCGCUGAAGGCAGCACAGUAUGAAGAUACUCUCAGCGGCAAUUUUUGGACUAGAGUUGCCGAUCCAUGCGAGAAUUGCGAGUUUUUGAUUGAGCUGCAUGGAGGAGAUUUGCAGAACUUCUAUCGUUUUGCUGGGUCUGCCGGAGCGCCAGCCUAG